AUGAUUAUUAUAAUUAUUAUUAUUCCUGUUAUUGCUUACUACUUUGAUUAUGAUAGCAUCAAGACUCCUCAGGAAGCCAAUGUGAAUUGGUGUGUGGAAGUCUUUUACAUUUACUUUCAUGCGGGCAGAGUUGAAGAGCCUUAUGUCAGCAUCACCAAGAAGAGGCAGAUGCCUAAAGAUGGUCAUUCAGAAGAAGUUGAGAAGGAAGUGGGCCAGGCAGAGGGCAAACUUUUUACACACAGAUCUGCAUUCAGCAGGGCAUCUGUGAUCCAGGCUUUCCUUGGCUCCGCACCUCAGCUGACACUUCAGCUGUAUAUAAGUGUACUGCAGCAGGAGAUCACAGCAGCUAGAAGUAUCUUCAUGACCCUUUCCCUGCUAUCAAUUGUAUAUGGAGCUUUACGGUGCAACAUCUUGGCCAUUAAGAUUAAGUAUGACGACUAUGACAUCAAUGUGAAACCUGCAGCCUACCUCUGCAUAUUUCUGUGGAGAAGUUUUGAGAUUGCUACUCGGGUUGUAGUUCUGGUCCUUUUCAGCUCAGUCCUUCAGAUCUGGACCCUCCCUGUGGUGCUCGUGAACUUUUUUGGCUUUUUCUUUUACCCCUGGAUUCUUUUUUGGAAAAGCAAAUCCCCUUUUCCUGAAAAUAUAGAGAAAGCUUUGACCAGGGUCGGCACCACCAUUGUAUUGUGCCUUCUUACCUUCUUGUAUGCUGGCAUUAAUAUGUUCUGCUGGUCAGCAGUACAGCUGAAGCUAAAUGAUCCUGACUUAAUUAACAAAUCACAGAAUUGGUACAGACUGGCGGUAUACUAUGUGCUAAGAUUCAUUGAGAAUGCUUUCCUCCUGUUAAUGUGGUAUCUCUAUAAAACAGACAUCUACCUAUAUAUCUGUGCCCCCUUAUUAGUCUUGCAGUUGUUAAUUGGCUAUUGCAUGGCCAUCCUGUUCAUGCUUGUAUUCUACCAGUUUUGUCACCCAUGCAAAAAACUGUUUUCAUCUAGUAUUUCAGAAGGUUUGCUCCGCUGUUUCAAGUUACUCUGCUUUCCUUGCAAGCCAUCUAAGUGCAGCACACCAACAGAGAAGGCAGAGUUGAAAUCGCCAGAUAAUACUGAUGAUGCAUAGAACUGUUACAAGACAAACGAGUCUCAGAAUGGGAAUCCUCAUCAAAGUGUUUCUUCCAAUGCCUAGUGUGGCUAGUUGUAAGCAGGCAUUGCUGGAAACUAUUGCACUGUUACACAAAGCGCAAUGUGUGUUGGAUGUCGAGCUUUGUUGGUCUCUUUGGUAGGUACAGUACUACAGGGUUACUUUGAUAUGCGUACCCAUAUCACAGACUUGACGUCCAAAUGUAUGUGUACAACAAACUACUAUUUGUAGAUUUGUACUGCAGAGUGGUCUCACACAGAGAUUAUCAUUGGCUUAUUUUGAAAUCAUUAUAGAAGACAUGUUUAAAUCCUAGUAAAAUGAAUUCAUGCUAGUCUAGUUUAUUUAGGAAAUAUGA